AAAGCAAAUGAACCGCGCUUUGUAAUUCUGUUAUACACGACUCUAGGGUCCAUGUCUCUACCAGGAAAAGAGUUGAGAGACAAAAAGCGAAGGGACGAAUAACAUUACAAGAGGAACACCAUAUCGUUAUGCAAGGAAGAAAAUCGAAACACCUGUUAUUCUUUCUUUGAUUCAAGAUAUACCAACAACACCCGAUACCCAUAAAUAUUACAUUUUUAUUUUUAAGGCAACCCUCACAGAAGUUUGUGUUUACAUUUUUGUAUCAAGAACACCUAAUAGGGCCAAUACUAAGAAAAUGGCUGACGAGGAUGUUGAAGGGGAACAGAAGGGUACAUGGUUCAUUUCAAGAAAAUCUAACAGGUGGGCAACUUUCAAUCGAGAUCUAAUGGCGGGGGCAGUGAUGGGUGGUGCUGUGCACACGAUUGUGGCACCAAUUGAGAGAGCAAAGCUAUUAUUGCAGACCCAAGAAAGCAAUAUAGCAAUCUUGAGUGGCCCUCAUAGGAGGUUCAAGGGCAUGCUUGAUUGCAUAGUACGCACUGUUAAUGAAGAGGGGGUUCUUUCUCUUUGGAGGGGCAAUGGUAGCAGCGUCCUCAGAUACUACCCUUCCGUGGCUCUCAAUUUCUCUCUUAAGGAUCUCUAUAGGAAUAUUUUGCACAGCAACUUUCAAGACGGUCACUUUUUGGCUGGUUCAUUAGCGAAUUUUGUUGCUGGGUCUGCAGCUGGUUGUACAACAUUGAUCAUCAUUUAUCCACUAGAUAUUGCACAUACAAGGCUCGCAGCUGACCUUGGUCGGUAUGAAGCUCGUCAGUUCCAUGGCAUUUACCACUUUCUGAGGACGAUACAUGAGAAAGAUGGAGUUCGAGGCAUUUACAGGGGGCUUCCUGCCUCUCUUCAUGGAAUGAUUGUUCAUAGAGGGCUUUACUUUGGGGGUUUUGACACCAUAAAAGACAAGAUGGCUGAAAAUUCUGAAGCAGAGGUGCCAUUAUGGAAACGCUGGGCAGUCGCUCAGGCAGUCACAACAUCUGCUGGGCUGUUGUCCUAUCCUUUGGAUACAGUUCGGAGGCGAAUGAUGAUGCAAUCUGGCUUAGAAAAGUCAAUGUACAGAAGCACAUUUGAUUGUUGGCGGAGGAUUUACAAGACAGAAGGAUUUACUUCAUUUUACCGUGGAGCUCUGUCAAAUAUUUUCAGAAGUACUGGCGCAGCAGCUGUUUUAGUGUUAUAUGAUGAGGUGAAAAAGUUCAUGAAUUGGAGUGGAUUAUAGCAUAAAGGUGUUUCAGGUCAAUAUUAAUCAUCACACAGACAAAUAUAUAUUAGCCAUACCUGGUAGGGAUGUAUUUUGAUAGCCUCAAAGUUGACAAACAUACAAUGUUGUAAAACAUGUCCUGAUUCUUUCUGCUUUUUGAUCACAAUAAAUAUCAGAACAUUUCACUCUCA